GGUCUCUCUUCACUAAUAAUAAAGAUAUUUCUGCCUUGUUUCUUAUUUGCAAACAUUUCUUACUCUAUUACCAUCAAAUCAUUAAUUAAUCUUUGGCCCAUACCUGCCUUUUUCUUUAUCUUUGCAUUACUCAGUGCAAUUUUUGGCUUAAUUGGUGGAAAAUUAUUAAAAUUAAAUUGGCCGGAUAUAAAAUUUGUUGUAACUGGAAUUAUUUUAAAUAAUGUUACAACUCUUACUUUGGGUUUGUUAAAUAGUAUCGAGAAGACAAAGGCAAUCUGGAUUCUAAAAUGGAAUGAGAAUGAAAAUCCACAAGAUAUUGUCAAAAGAGGUACUUCAUAUGUGCUCAUCGUCAGUCUUUUGGCUAAUUUACUAGGAUGGUCUCUUGGUGCAUACUUGCUAAUGAAGGUUCCUGAAAAAGAUGAUCCAUCCAUCCUACAAUGUUUUCCACAAAAUAGUUACAGUCCUUCUAAUCAAAUUCAAGUUAGCAACGAUCAAAUAACUGAAAGAACUCUUCUAUUAAGACCAAAUUCUCGCGUAAUAUUUCAAGCUAACAAUGAUCAAAUAAAUGAAAGAAUUUCUUUAUUAAUACAAAAUGCUGGUGUAAUAUUCUUCAACUUCAAAUUCAUGAAUCCUCCUUUAUAUGCAGCUUUAUUUGCUUUAAUAGUUAUUGCUAUUCCAAAUUCAAAUUAUUUAUUUGCCGAGGAUGACUCUCCUCUUAUGUCUGUUUUUCAAGCAAUUGAUUAUAUUGGCUCUAUUGCCAUUCCUUUGACGUUAUUAACUCUUGGUGCUCAAUUAUAUAAUCUUCCACGGUCUCGUAAUGAAAAUAUUGGUUCUAUAAUUGCUUAUAUAUUAACUUGUCGGUUGUUAUUAAUGCCAAUUAUUGGAAUUUUGUUGGUCAUGUUUACUACUUCUUAUUAUAUAGAUGAUCCUAUGUUAUGGUUUGUUUUAAUUUUAAUUUCUUCUGGUCCACCUGCUAUAAAUUGUGCUAAUAUAGCACAACUUACUAAUAAUUAUCAAGAUGAAUUUUCGGUUUUGUUAUUUUAUGCUUAUAUUUUUACUAUCCCAUUUACUACUAUUUUGGUUAUGUUUAUUUUGAACUAUAUUAAAGCAAUGGUAUAA